CCCCCGUGUCCUCGCGUCGACUGCUCCUCCUCUGCCGCCGCUGCUGCCUCCUCCUCCACGCCGUUUCUUCUCUCUUCUUUCUUCUUUCUUGCCUUGCGGGCGUCGUAGGCGCGGUGGUUGGUGAGCGUGCAGCAGCAGCAGCAGCAGCGAGAAAAAAGGCUACGCUAGGACAGAAGGGAAAGCCGUGGCGCAGGUUGCUUCUGCUCGGGAGCGAGAGAAGUGGAGCCGUAGACAUCUGAACUGUUCUAAUGGCGACCCUUGGUGCCGUUGCUUUGGGCGAUGUACUAGGGGAGUAGUACCGGCGGUGGUUGCCGUACUCGUAGCCUUGCCCUGUGGGUUUGCGUGCGUUCGUGCGCGCCAGCGAGCGAGCUGAGGAGGCUCGCGGGUGGUGCGCUCGCUUCUCAUUUCCCCUUCGGUUCUUGCGACGGGUCGUCGUGAGGGGGCGGCGGCGGCGUGUUCUCGGCUUCUCGCCCUUGCCAUUGUUGAUGAGCAUGGGGCAUUACUCCGAGCAGAGGCCGGGGUUCGAGGUGACCAAGGACUGGAACGGCGGCGACCAGGUCGUGAUCCGGUCGCCGCGGGGAGCGUCCGUCCUGGUCAGCCUGCACGGCGGCCAGGUCGUCUCCUGGAGGAACGAGCGCGGGGAGGAGCUCCUCUUCACCAGCAGCAAGCUAUGGGUGUAUAUACAGGCUAUCUUCAAGCCACCAAAGGCGAUGCGCGGUGGAAUUCCCAUAUGCUUUCCACAGUUUGGAAAUUGUGGAACAUUGGAGCAACACGGAUUUGCAAGGAACAGGAUAUGGACUGUAGAUGAUGAGGCUCCACCACUAAAUCAUAACGAUAACAAUGGCAAAGCUUCUGUUGACCUUCUGCUAAAGCCAUCUGAAGAUGACCUCAAAUGCUGGCCACACUGCUUUGAGUUCCGCCUCAGAGUUUCUCUUUCAAUGGAUGGAGAUCUCUCAUUGGUAUCACGUGUCAGGAAUGUUAAUGGGAAGCCGUUCAGUUUUUCUUUUGCUUACCACACAUAUCUUUCUGUCUCUGACAUCAGUGAGGUUAGAAUAGAAGGUCUGGAGACACUUGAUUAUCUUGACAACCUUAGCCAACGAGAACGUUUUACAGAACAAGGAGAUGCUAUAACAUUUGAGUCUGAGGUCGACCGAGUCUACGUUGGCUCCCCAAGCGUAAUUGCUGUGCUUGACCAUGAGAAGAAACGCACCUUCAUCGUGAGAAAAGAAGGGCUUCCCGACGUCGUUGUGUGGAAUCCAUGGGACAAGAAAUCGAAGACGAUGGCGGAUUUCGGCGACGAGGAGUACAAGCAGAUGCUCUGCGUGGACGCUGCCGCGGUCGAGCGAGCCAUCACGCUGAAGCCCGGCGAGGAGUGGACGGGGAAGCUGGAGCUGUCGGCCGUCGCUUCCACCAACUGCAGCGACCAUCUGGACUACCCAUGUAGCUAGCAGCUAGCUUCGGAGUUUAAAUUCUGUGUUCCAUCAGUAGCUGUUUUUUCAGUUGCGUAGUUUUGCCCACCUGAAUCGAGAAUCAUGUACUACGUUUUUUCCCUGUACAUGGAGUGAGUGUACGCCGUUUUUCAUUGUACAACACGGGGGCACCUAGCUAGGUUCCGUCUUGUUCAGCCUGUUGCUGCUCGAAUCUUUCUUGUGCCAUUUGUCAGAUACUGAACACUAUUCAGAUGCAUGCAAAGCUGUUGUGACA